AUGUCUCGCCGCCGCACUUCAUACAGUGAGCCCAUGAACGAGGCUCUGGCUUACCCUUUCACCCCUAGCCAACCCCCACCACCAGGAGCUCCGGGGCCUCGGCGCGGACCCAUCGAAGGCCCAAAUGGUCGUCGUUUGAUCCGCCGCGUCACCUGGCGCUCUUCAACCUACAAGCUCAUGGCUUCGUUAUGGGUUCUCGGUGUUCUGUACAUUCUCUGGCUGAUCCGGGACCUCUUCUAUCUCCCAUUUACUCCAUCGGAAUCCAGCUCUAGCCCCGCUGUUCAAGUCCAAGAAUGA